GGCUUUGGCAUUUGUUUGGUUCUCUGGCUAUCUUAUCUGGAGUGUCGGAGUGGCCUGCGACUGUGGAACAAUUGGAAGUGCGAUAAGCGUCCACAGAAUUCCAACCGCUCGCCCCAGCCAGUCAGUUGAAAUCGGAGCUGCCUGUGAAUUAUCCACAAUCCAUGACCGACCGGCAAUCGCGCCUCUGAUACUGCGUCAUCCGAAUCCCGAGGAAAAUCCAUAAUCAGAAGCCCCAGAAGUGAUUUGUGGUCGGUCAACUGGUGUGCAAGGUGUUGCUGCUGUUGCACUUGCAACAUCUUUGGGCAACAUUGUGUGUUUUGACAGGAAUAGGCUCUUGAAAAGCGCAAGAGUUCAUACACAUAACGUCACUGGGCAACAGAAGAAGUCGAAGGCGAAGGGUUCUCCACUGGUCAGCUGCCUCACCCGGCGGCGAUAAGCCCAAGUGCAGCGAAUCGAGAAGAAGCCAGAGUGGAAAGGGUGUUGGAAACCCGAUAGCCGAACCCAGCAUCAUGCAGACAACGACCAGUCAGCGACCAGUAACGCCUGGCACUCCAGACUCGGCGCAUAUUGUAAUCGGCGCCGCGGGAUUUGUGGCUCACGAGAGACGCCAACCCGGAAAGACCCUGAUGAAUUGCUUUCGCGAUCGUUCCACGACAUCGUCGUCAUCGUCGCAGGCCCAACACGCCUAUAUGCGUGGUCACAGUGUCACCUCGGGCACUCUGUUUCGCCUGGAGGGCAGUGGGGGCUCCAAUUGCACCUUGGAUAAGGUGGGAAAACAGGAUUCCGGGCGGCCCGAAGCGGUCGUCCUCCUCAGAGAGCUGAAAACCAGACCCAACAAGCUGGCGCUGCUUAAGAGCAGCAGCACCAAAGAUCUGACCCGCCUGUUCCUGGACGAUUCAACCAACACAGCUGUGCUGGUGUCCAACACCAGUCUCGAUGUCUGCUCCUCGAACUCCAGCUCUGGCGGCAGUCCGGCGGUGGGCAGGUCCAAGUCAGGCAGAGAUCGCCGCAGUCAACUCGAGUGCUGCAGCAGCUGCACAAAGCGCUGGCACGAUCUCAAGCAGCGUAUGCACACUCUGGAGCAGGAUCUGCUCGUCCAGACCACGUACAGCCAGGAGCUGGAACAGAAGGUGGGCGAAAUGAGUCGCCAAUUGUCGGAACUGCUUCAGGAACGCGACAGGGAGAAGGACAAGGAUAAAACACGCUUCGCAGGACCGGGCGGUGUUGCAGCUCAUGGCAAGCGGACUGCUCAUGGCAGUCCCAAUGUCCGACCCUCGCGCCUGGUGGCUUGGAUGAGCCUGUCCAACUGGUUCAAGAGCCGGCCCAGCGUGGAAACGCUGCGGGAACAGCGCAUCUUCUUCGACGAGCCCUGCUUCGAUACGGACCUGGAGAUGGUUCUUAAGCACGACCAGCACCGCACUGUGCCGCGGAUCGUUGUGGAUUGCUGUGAUCUUAUCGAGCAAAAGUAUCGCAGAUCCGCGCAGCCCAUUGAGGGGAUUUAUCGGCAGUGUGGCGAUUACAAUAAAAUCCAAACGCUGCGCUUCAGCAUCGACGCCAAUGACUAUGAUUCACUGCGUCAGCCGGACGUGGAUAUACACACGUUGACCGGUGUGCUGAAGCUUUUCCUGCGCGAAAUCAAGAGUCCGCUGGUCAGUGUCAACGAGGCCAAGACCUUCAUUGGACAGCCCAAUCAGUGGUUGUUAACCGAUCUUUCUGUGAAGUUGGAUUCCCUGAAAAGACUGAUUCGCUCGCUGCCGGAGAGUAACCGGGACACCAUGGAUUACAUCUUCGGACACUUCAAUAGAAUAACCAAGGUGCCGUUGCAGCAGAUCAGCGCGGAGACACUGUCCAUAUCGGUGACGCCCUCGAUUUUCCACACGGUGCCGCAGGGCAUCCACGUGCAGGACAUCCAGCAGCUUCUGCGCGAGGGCGAAACUCUGGCCGACUGCGUCAAGGUGAUGAUCGAGUACCAGGGGCGCAUAUUCGAGUAAGUGAGCCCCGCUGAGGAGCAGCCCCAGUCUCCCAGGUGAAGGUCCAUUUGGUGUCCGGGCGCCCGCUACUGUUACCUACAAACCCGAAUCCCAGCCGCUUAUGCCUCAUCCAAACCGCUCACCUACUGUGCCGUUGUUUCGAACGCUUUGCUAACCACUCGAAAUCCUGAACCUGAACCCGAACCCACUGUACCUGCCACACCAAUCCCCAUUCCCAACGAUUCCGAUCCCAAUCCCGACCACGUCGUCUACAGAUGCACCGCCGAUCGCCGCCGCCUGAGCAUGCGCAACCUGAAGAAGACUCUGUCGCAGCCGGACCUGCUCUUCCACAAUCUAUUCUGAUCCGGGCCAAUGACAUCGAUCCUUCAUGCCAGAGAGAGCACUGUACAUAUGGAAUGACUUUAGCCCCCACUACCAAUUGGGUCCUACCAUUAUUUUUUUUAUUUUUACUUCAUCAACUUUUGUACUUAUGUUUAAUAAACUAAAAGGGUUUUCACCUUUACACAGCGUA